AUGGCCGUUAGGGCGAGCAGACAUCUGUGUCUGACACUGGGGACAUUUUCGUCGCUGUCGAAGAAACAUCUGGGCAUUUUUAAUGUACGCAUACAUCAUCUAAACAGAGUUCAGUCACAUUGGAAUUCAGUAUUGUCUUGUACUGAAACACGGACACCACGGUGCCUCAGAAUUGUGUCGCAGAAACCGUGCUUGUUGCUUUCGUCAGUUUCCAGACUCAAAGCUCGACUUGCUGUUAUAGGAGUCAGCGGUAGCGCCGCCAUCAGCGGAGCUGCCGCCUUGGUUCUCUGUGCUUCGAAUAGUUCUGACGGUAUGUUGUUGAAAGCAGGAGUCAGUGUGAACAAGCGCCAUGAGCUUGGUUGGACUGCACUUCAUGUCGCUGCUGUCAAUAAAAAAGCAAAGGUGGUGGAAAUACUGCUUGCGCAUGGUGCUGAUCCAAACAGUCUUGAUGAGUUUUCUACUGUUGCUUUGAAGGCCAAAGAAAAACAGAUGAACAACUUGCAUGUGUUACUGACCAGAGAGGAAGAGUUCUCAGAUCGACUCAGCAACCGGGCAAAUUUCCAGAACUGUACACCUCUGCAUUACGCUGUUCUUGUCAAUGAUUUGGAAUCAGUUAAACUUCUUCUUGAAGCAGGUGCAGAUCCUACCAUUGAAAAUGCUCUGGGUCAUCGAGCUGUAGAAUACUCUCGAGAUGGAGAAGCCAAGAGUCUCAUUGAAAGCUACACAAAAAAGUUUGUUGAAAAGAAAAAUGAGGAGGAAGCAGAAGAGAGAAGAAGGUUUCCCCUAGAAUUGCGGUUAAAAGAGAAUAUCAUUGGACAAGAGGCAGCAAUCAACACAGUAGCAGCAGCAAUACGACGAAAACAGAAUGGUUGGUAUGAUGAAGACCAUCCUCUGGUGUUCCUGUUUUUGGGUUCAUCAGGAAUAGGAAAAACUGAGCUGGCCAAGCAAGUAUCACAUUACCUGCAUAAAGAUAAGAAAGAGGCUUUUAUUCGUAUCGACAUGUCUGAGUAUCAAGAGAAGCAUGAGGUUGCCAAAUUCAUUGGAUCGCCUCCUGGAUAUGUAGGACAUGAUGAAGGUGGCCAGCUGACAAAAGCUUUGACCAAGUGUCCUAAUGCUGUGGUUUUAUUUGAUGAAGUGGACAAGGCUCACCCUGAUGUGCUGACUAUUAUGUUACAACUGUUCGAUGAGGGACGCUUGACUGAUGGCAAGGGCAAAACUGUAGAAUGCAAAGAUGCUAUCUUUAUCAUGACUUCCAAUUUGGCAAGUGAAGAAAUUGCAGAGCAUGCCUUGCAGCUGAGACAAGAAGCAAGCAGAAUGACAAAAAUGAGAGGAGCAGAUAGCUUAGAGGACUUGGAGCAGACAGAAAAAGUAACAAUUUCAAAAACAUUUAAAGACCAGGUUGUCCGACCUAUAUUAAAGCGCAAAUUUCGUCGUGAUGAGUUCUUGGGCAGAAUCAAUGAAAUUGUUUAUUUCCUGCCAUUUUCCCCGUCAGAGCUCACCAAGCUUGUCACAAAAGAACUUCAGUUUUGGGCUAAGAGGGCAAAAAGCAAACAUGACAUUGAACUGAUGUGGGAUCAUAAAGUUGUAGAUGUGUUGGCUGAAGGGUUUGAUACCCACUAUGGAGCCCGUUCUAUUAAAUAUGAGGUAGAGAGGAGAGUGGUCACCCAGCUAGCAAUGGCUCAUGAGAGGCAGCUCAUCAACAAAGGGAGCAAGAUCAAGAUCACAGUCUCCAACUGUGACGAUCUGCUGCUGAGUCCAGGACAGUCUGGAACAUGCGACGAAGAGGGAGCAACAAUCAAGUUACAGGUGUUAGAGUCGGGCACUGAUGUGUACAAAGAUUUAGAUUUCAGCACUGUAGACAACCCUUUCUCCCUUCCCUCCGAGUGA